GGUGGCUACCUACGGAUGUCGCGACUGUCAAGUCUGUCCCGUUUUCACCGGGACCCGUGUUGGUGAACACUCGAGACUGCAAACCACGGAGCUGGGGGAGUGUCAUUGGAAUGAGAGGAUAGCUUGCCCUGGAUUUCAAUCAUUUGAGAGAUAAGGCUUUCGGACCACGCACCUAACGAAGGGAUAAGGCCUCCUCUUCCACUGCCGCCUCCGCGCCUACGCAGCCCCCUCAUCCCCUAUUUCCACCGUGAUUCGCUAGGAUCCACACGCGGGUGAAGACAGAUACCUUUCGGCGAGGGGACUACUUGAGAGCGAGGCCCCCAGCCCCCUCCCCCACUCCCUCUCAACCCCCUCAAUUCAUCUCUUACCCGAACGAGGAUUGGGAUUUCAGCGACCAUACGAAGAUAGCGUGUAUAGUCCCGAAAAGGCCGGGCUCUGAAAACCAGGGGGGAUGACUUUAGAAUCUAUGAUGGCUUGUUGCCUAAGCGAAGAGGCGAAGGAGUCGAAACGAAUCAACGCCGAGAUCGAUAAGCAACUACGCCGAGACAAGCGAGACGCCCGAAGAGAACUGAAAUUGCUCCUUCUUGGUACCGGAGAGAGCGGUAAGAGCACGUUCAUCAAACAGAUGCGCAUCAUCCACGGUACAGGCUACACAGACGAGGACAAGCGCAGCUUCACCAAGCUGGUCUACCAGAACAUCUUCACCUCCAUGCAGGCCAUGAUUCGAGCCACAGAAACGCUCAAAAUCGGCUUCAAGUACGAGCAAAACAAGUCCAACGCCAUGCUGGUGAAGGAGGUGGACAUAGAGAAGGUGACAUCCUUUGACCAGCCCUACAUUAAUGCCAUUAAACAGCUGUGGACUGAUCCAGGCAUUCAGGAGGCCUACGACCGCCGGCGCGAGUACCAGCUCUCUGACUCCACCAAAUAUUACCUUAACGAUUUAGAGCGUAUAACUGCGGCAGGAUAUAUCCCCACGCAACAGGAUGUUCUGCGGGUUCGAGUGCCCACUACUGGCAUCAUUGAGUACCCAUUUGAUCUGGAGAAUAUAAUCUUCAGGAUGGUUGAUGUGGGGGGGCAGCGGUCUGAGCGCAGGAAGUGGAUCCAUUGCUUUGAGAACGUGACCUCAAUCAUGUUCCUUGUGGCACUGAGUGAAUAUGACCAGGUUCUGGUCGAAUCUGACAAUGAGAAUCGUAUGGAGGAGAGCAAGGCCCUGUUCAGGACGAUAAUCACAUAUCCCUGGUUCCAGAACUCCUCCGUCAUCCUCUUCCUCAACAAGAAGGAUCUGCUGGAAGAAAAGAUUACUUUCUCUCACCUGGUGGACUACUUCCCAGAGUUCGACGGUCCUCAGAGAGAUGCCCAGGCUGCACGGGAAUUCAUCCUGAAGAUGUUUGUGGACCUGAACCCAGACAGCGACAAGAUCAUCUACUCACACUUCACAUGCGCCACCGACACAGAGAACAUCCGUUUUGUGUUUGCGGCCGUGAAGGACACCAUCCUGCAGCUUAAUCUGAAGGAGUAUAAUCUGGUGUGAGGGCCAGAGGAGGCCACCUUAACUUGCACACAUAGCACAGAGCAGGCACCCACCCUGUGUGCA